GUUUGGCCAGCCAUCUUGGAACGAGAGAACAAAAAUAGUGGCAACGCCAGUGGGAAGCGAUGGAGCCGCUGUCGAAAAUUAUUGCAAAGAAGUACUUGCCAAGCUUCGAGAACUUUAAAGCAGCAAAUCUUGUAACGGACGAUGAAUAUCGAACCGUAAAGAGAUGCAAUCUGAACGAUCUGCUCGAUACGGAGAACAAUCCCACGGUCCUAGACCGGAUCUGCGAAGGAGAGCAAGUGCAGACGGCCGAGUUUUAUAAUCAGCAAGAAAAAUCUUACCACCGGAAUGUGGCGAAGAUAUAUCGCAAAAAUAGGGCCGUUUCCCCGGGACCUCCAACUGUUAAUCCUGCGCCUCCGCCACCGCCACUGCCUGCCGUGCCUGCUAUCGUUGAACCGGCUGUUCAGCCAAUCCCCAUGGAAGGUCCGCUGGAACCGGUCCGAUCGAACGAGGGCGUCAAUGCGGCAGCAGCACCGAGCGAUCCAUACCAGCUGCGGGAAGAAAUCAACGCCAUUGCAACGGUGAUGCCAUCGGCGGUGGAACUGCUCCCCCAGGACGAUAACUUUGGCAGCCAGGAGGCCGAUGGGGCACGGGAGUUUUUGCAGCUGUGCACCGACGAAGAGCUGCCGCCGAUGUCGCUGAGACAGUCGAUGACGCGGGAUAUGUUGCUGUCGCAGUUUCCAUCCCUGCCGGCGGUCGCCCCGAUGGUGGACAACUUCCAGAACAUUGAUCUGAAUACGCCUUUGUUCAGGAGACCGCUGGGAACCAGUACACCUUUCCUGCCGGUUACGGAGCCCGUUGCACAGCUGGCGUUGCCCGAGUUACAGGAAUCUGGGCCGCAGGGCGCGCAAGAGGCACAGCAAGAACCAGCGGCUGAAGUUGUUCCGAAUAGAUCUGAACAAGUUACUGCUUCAGCAGUGCAGCCAAGCACUGUGGCUCCUUUGAUCCCGGUGGUGGAAAGCAGCUCAUCGGGAGAGGAAGUGCCGGUGGCGCGCCCCAGACGCACCCGACGGGAGGUAACGCUGACGCAACGGCUGGAACCGUUUGAAAGUAGUACCGGUCGGGGUAUGCCGCGGCCGAGGAGGAAUUUCGACAUUUUUAGCUUUCCCUACCGUACGGUGUGGAACAAAACGAUACAGGACGUGCAAAAUCAGCUGGCGGAGCUUUACAAGCAGCAGCAACAGGAGCAGCAGUCAGAACGCAAGCAGCAGCAAGAACUGCUCGAAGCGGUGCCCGUGAUGCGGGAGGCAGCAACGAACCAACGAAUCGAUUCGGGCUUCCAGCAAACGACGGACGAUGGAUCCCGCAAUCCACCGCCGAUGAGCACAACAGAGACAUCCAACUUGGCGGUGGACAAUCGGAUGGGCGGCAAGGCCACCAUUAGUAACGAUCGGUCACAUCAUCUACUUAGUCAGCAGGAAGCGAUAAUGACAUCGGAUCUAGUAGGCACCAGCCUGCAACCGGUUGUUCCGGAUCAACUGGAAUCGAUUGAUGGGAAGCUGGCGGAAGCGUCGGAUCGUUUCCAGCUGCCGACGGUCAUAGGGGACACGCCGGCGGCUAACAAUGAAACGAGCGUGAUGAAAAUUCCAGCACAGGCGGGCAAUGUGUCCGUAUCGCAGGAAACGGGGAAACAGGCCGUUCCGUCUGAUCCGCCAUUGACAGCUCUCCAGGAACAACGGACUACUAAGCGCACUCGAUCGAACAAGCAAAUCGAAGAAGAGCAGGCUGUAUCAUCCGAACAACGGCCCGAAAAUCCACCAGAAAUUCGAAACGAAAAGGAGAUCGAUCUAAGCUCGGUGCUGUUUAACCAGGCAAAGGAGCUGGAGGCAAUCCCGGAGGAGAUCGAUUCGUGUGACGGGGUGGCUCCACUGGAUACAAUGCUGAUCGAUAUAGUGCUCGUAGUGCAGCGCGAAAUGUGCCAUCGGGGGGUGCAAUAUGUGCCACUGCACCACCUGCAUCAGUUUUUCCGCACCAGCUCACGUUUGGGCGUGUGUAAACUGUUCAAAAACAUAAUUCUGCUCAAGCAGGCCGGGCUGCUUGAAGUGCAAUGCAACGAGGAAAACCACAUUCGGCAGGUGACAUUGCGCAAUGCGGCCGGGUGGAGUGGAUGAAACGAAAGGAAGCACAUAGUAGUACGCAAGCACCUCGUUUUACUAUUUAUACAAUUAUUUCUAUUCUAUUCACGUGAUUUGUAAUUUUGCGGCAAUUUUCUUCUUUCUCUAGUUCCACUAUUUAUGUAGUAGGUUUAGUUUAAUGUAUGGACUAUUAAUUAUAUUUAAUUUAUUGCCGCAGCUACUCGCCUAGCUCAAGUAAAAUCCUUUCGCGCCAUUACAGGGUUUUCCAGGGGUUCUUAUAGUUGUGGGACACUUCCUUGACUUUUUCUUAUAGGAAGUGAACUUCAUAUGAUGGAAACCGGACUCUAUGGUAACCCCUGUUUUUAAACAGGUUCCUUGGAAAUUCCAAUUUGAUUUGUCCCAUAAGGGUGCUGUAGAGUCCAAUUCCCAUUACAUUAAGUUCAUUUCACGCAAGAAAGAGUCUAUAAAGUGUUCCACAGCUAUGAGAGCUUCUAGAAAACCCUGUUAUGUAGAUAGUUAUUUCUUCACAAACAUACGUCGUACGUAAGGACGUAUAAUGUUAUUAAACUAGACAAUUUGUAUUCGUUAGCAAAUAGCGUUCGAUGAACUGAAAAUGAAUUUGAAAAUAAUUUAAAAACGUUUUGUAA